AUGCCGACAAAUAUCUUCGUAUCAAGUGCAAUUGAUUUGACACUUGAUCUUUCGAUAAAAUCAUUAUCGUCAUCAUCGAAACGAGCAAUGUCAACCGUGGAAAAUACUUCAGCAUCAUUAACAACUUCUGAUCCUGGUGGUGGUGGAGGUGGUAAUUCAACAACAGAUAUUGAUGAAAUAAAAGUAUUUGAAUGUGAAAAACAUGAAGAAGAUAUGGAUAUUGAUGGCGAUGACAAUAGUGAUCGACUUUCACCUGUUAUUAAAGACGAAAUAGAAUCAUCACCCCAGCAAAUAUCAGCAGCAGCAGCGAUAAAUCUUUCCGAUCGUUUAAACAGUGAACAACAAACUCAUAGUUUCUUUCCAUAUUUUAUAUCGCCAUAUUAUCAUGCUAAUAAUACAAUUCCAUCAUUUGACAAAAUGGCUUCAUUAGAAUCAUUAUCAAAAUUUAUGUCACCACCACCAGCUCACAUAACUAAUUCCAAUAUAUGUACUGAUCAAACUACAGGCAUUCCGAAUCCAAUAUAUGCAUUACCAUCACCAACUUCAUUUCAAUCACCAUAUUCUCAACAUUGGCGUUCACCUAUGUUUCCAUUUGUAUUUCCAUCUGGUUAUUCAUUUUCGUCAAAUUCUUCAUCUCCUUCGAUAUCAUCAGCACAAAAACGAUCACCAAAUAAUCGACGUUUUAUUGAUAAUAAUAAUUCUCAACAAAAUCAUCAUAAACAAUCAAUAUCCCAUGAUGAACAAAAAUCAAAAAAAUCUCAUAUAAAAAAGCCUUUAAAUGCUUUUAUGUUAUUUAUGAAAGAACAACGAGCACAAGUUGUACAAGAAUGUACAUUACGUGAAAGUGCUGCCAUUAAUCAAAUACUUGGUCGAAAAUGGCAUGAACUUGAUCGUAAUGUUCAACAAAAAUAUUAUGAUAUGGCACGUGAUGAACGUAUGAAACAUAUGCAAUUAUAUCCUGGUUGGUCAGCUCGAGAUAAUUAUGGUGCACGAAAAAAACGAGGAAAUAGUGGUAAAAAACGAGAGAAAAAUUCAGGUGAAAAUGCAGAAUGUCUUAAUCAAAAAAAAUGUCGAGCACGAUUUGGUCUUGAUCAGCAAGCAAAUUGGUGUAAACAUUGUAAACGAAAGAAAAAAUGUUUACGUUAUACAGAAAAUGAAACAACAUCAUCAGUUGGUGUUACUUCAUGGAGUGAUGAAGAUGAUACGGACAAUAAUGAUGAUUCUGAUGAUUGUGAUGUUAUUCCAAUGAUUGAACAAAAUAAUAUGUCAAUACAUACAGGUAUAUCAAUGGAUUCUGAUGAAGAAAAUACAUUACGUUUAUUAAAAUAUCAACAAACAUCCAAUGAAAAUAAUCGAUCCGAAGGAAAGAUAAUCGGAAAAGAAUCAUCAUUACAAGUACCUUUUUUUCAAUCAUCUCAUCAUUAUCCAUAUUUUGAUUCAUUUUUACCAACAACAUCAAUGCCAAUUUUAAAUGAAUUUAAACAAGAAACAUAA